AUGGCAAAACAUUUUCUUAUCAGCUCUAAAAUGCUGAUCAAAACCAUCAUCUGCUUAUUCCUUAUUGCCUUUUCUUUUGAUUCUGCAAGCUCAGCCAGAAUCCUCGAUGAGGAGAACCCUGAUACACCGUUGCCCACGACGGCGCCAGUACCGGCCGAUCCUGUUGAAGUGGAUGAUCCUGAUGUAGCCCCUGCAGUCGCCCCUGACUCUACAUUACCCAGUGGCCAAAUCCCAGCUAACCCUGUCAACCAAGCACCACCAGCUUCCGUUCCAUUACCAACAACAGGACCAGCUUCAGUUGUUCCUCCAACUGCCACCGCUGCCUCUCCUGUUACUAAUCCUGUUACCGCAACAGGAGCCAACCCGGCUGCCAGCGGCGCUGGUGCUGCUGCUGGAGCCGGAGCAGGAGCAGGAGCAGCUGUAGCCGGAAAUCCGGACCAAGCUACAUUGUCUUUCUUUAUGCAUGACAUUCUUGGUGGAUCUCACCCUUCAGGCAGGGUUGUCACAGGAGUCAUAGCCAAUACUGAUGCGAAUGGACUACCUUUCUCCAAGCCCAACAACCAAAUCUUUCCACUCAAUGGAGGAGUACCACUCAACACAAUCAACGGAGUCAUCAACAACAACAAUUUCCCCUUCCUUGUUGGUCUCAAUGGUCAACAGCCAAACACCGUUCUCUCCAACAGCAAUGGCGGCAACAACGUCAACACUGCCAACAACCAACCCUUUGUCACCGCAGGGCAGCUUCCUGCAGGGCUCACCCUUCAGCAGCUUAUGUUUGGAUCAGUCACUGUUGUCGACAACCAAAUCACAGAAGGCCGAGAACUGGAUUCUGCUGUCCUCGGCAGAGCUCAGGGAUUUUACUUGGCCAGUUCUUUGGAUGGCAGCAGCCAUACAUUGGCUUUAACAGCAUUGUUUCAUGGUGGUAAUAAUCAAGAAGUUGAUGAUGCCAUUAGUUUCUUUGGAAUUCAUAGGACGGCUACACCAAUUUCUCACCUUGCAAUCAUUGGGGGAACUGGGAAAUAUGAAAAUGCAAAAGGUUAUGCAACCAUUGAAACUGACCUUCACCAUGAAGACCAGCACACAACUGACGGUGUUGAGACCAUUACUCAUUUCACUGUCUACCUCACUCCAUAG